CGACGGCCGAGGCAAACAGCUCGCAGCCGGAUCGAACGCCUAGGGUUUCUCCGAACCUUGCGUUGCGCGAAGAUGAAGCGGCCGCCGCCGCGACAGUGCGGCGACGACACGUCGGCCGGCGAGGGAGGAAGCGGCGGCGGGUUCGGGAUGGGGAAGGGGAAAGGGAGGUGGGGCGGCGCGAGCCGGAGGCGGAACGAGCAGCGGCUGGGCGUCGGCGGCGGCGGGGCGCUCUCCCUCGCGGCGUUCGCCAGCGCCAAGUCCCGGAACACCGGCUAUAAUCCGGCCCUCAUCAAGAAGAAAAAAGAGUUCUACAAGAAUGCUAAGUUAAUUAGCAAGUACAAAAGGACAAAGAAGCAACAAAAUCAGCCAAAUCAGCCUCCAGAAUUUCCAAUCCGUGAGGAUAGGGGUGAUAAUGCACAAAAUGUGCCAAAGCCGCAUCAUAAAGGGAAGAAGCGCACUGCACAAAGCUUGAAGGAGGAGUAUGAGAAAAAACGUGCAGAGGAUGAGAAGGCUAAGAAGGAGCGGGAUGCGAUCAUUCAGGCAAAGAGGGAACAGCAGGAGAAGUCUGAGGCAAAGCGGAGAGAACUGAGGGAGAAGAUGUUCAAGAAGACAAGAUCUGGCCAACCUGUGAUGAAAUACCGGAUCGAGCAUCUCUUGGAGACUGCUCUACAAAGCUGAAGCAAGUGACACGAUAUCGGUCAUCACCAUGACCGCCGUCCGGGACCUAAGCAUGCAGAUCACCAUGACCAUCAGUUUGGUUUAAGUUUAACCUAAUUCUGUUGCUUUGUUGUAUAUAUCUUUGCUAGCAAUCUUUGGAUUUGAUCACAUCACUCUGGUUUCCCGUCUAUCGGUACUGUACGCUUCAAUUUUCGCAAAUGAUGUAAGAUGAUCAAGGAAGACCUGAGUGCUCGGAAACAAUUGGAUCCAUAGGCCAUGAUUCCAUUAGCAAUCAGUUUCAACUUUCA